CCGACUGGCAACACCGGCUGGAAAAUAAAAAUGGCUACCACUGUGUGCUUGUUAUUGUUCGUGGAAUUUUAAUAAUUACGAAGUUUUUUGUACAAAAUAAACAGCAGAAACGUACCGCUGCAGCGUUAAUUAAUCGUUGAAAAGCAAGCGCGAAUCUUUCUCAACAAUCGAGUGCGCUUAUCGGUGGCCCGCACGCAAGCGAACCGUGUGUAAUUAAGCCCCCGAAAAUCGGCUGCUCCGAAUGCGUGAAAAUUUUCGAGACCCGCUAAAAAGGCAUUUAAUAUUGCACUGCCAAAUGUGAAAUGGAGAACAGUGGGGGCUAUUAUAUCUACGAAUUGCCCUGAACAUUAAUCUGCAGGCGGGCAGGCGAGAUUUUCAGCAGGAAAAGCGCUUGAAAAGUGACGCAGGAAAAUCCCUAUCCGCGCCCCGCACGUGUGUGUGUGUGUGUUGCAGUGCGUGUGUGUUGGUGAGGCUACUACUAAAAAAAGUAAAGAGAAAAAAAAUAGUGGAAAAUGCCCAAAAACAAAAGUCGCAGAGGUUAAAAAAACUAGUGGGGGGACAUCAACGAAAGACAAUAAAUCAAAACCCAUCGAGUGUUAUGCCUAAAAUGCAAUAUUUCCAAUUUCCAAAAGGACGCCACGGCGGUCAAUCGAAAGCUAAAUGCGAGAAUUGAGCAGCGUUCUAACAAUUAAAUAUACGACGCGUGCGAUUGUCGUGUGAUGAUAUGCCACUUAAACAGCAGCUUGAACCGUCACUGGUGCGGAUAUUGGUCUCGCUACCCUGGGAUGCAGCACAACGGCUGCGUCAGCUGGCCAACGAUGGAAAUCCCGAGCUGCGCGCCCUCAACAUUCAGACCGUGCAAUUCGAGGGCGAUUCUGUGAUAAAUUUGAAAGUUGGUGGACAAGAUAUUAAGAUAACCAAGGAUAAUGUAAACGAGACACUCGAGGCGGCUGGCUCGCUUUCCGGCAACAAAAGUGGUCUGCUGGCCACGGGAUUCGAUGGUCCCAGUACCAGCAAGGCGGCCUCCGCCUUCAUGCAACAGCAGCAGCAGAGGAUUCUGCAGCUGCCCCAGAACGAUGCAAUCUCACUCCAGCAAAGAAGAGCGGCGGGCCUUCAGAAGAUUCCCCUCCAGCAGCAACAGCAGCAACAACAACUGCAGCAGCAGCAGCAGGUGGCUCCCGUGACUCCCGCUGUCUUCAAAUCCCCCAAUACCGUGUGCCCCAUGGAGGGCAAGGUUCCUCUCCUGUUGCCCUCGCCCUCCGCCACACAGAGGGACUUCCCCUUCGAGAGCAUGCGGCAGGCGAGAGUGCUGCAAGGUCGCGAGGCAGGUGGUCUGGGUCCGCCCUUGCCACCGCCGCCGCCGCCACCCAACGUGACCCUCAAGGUGCUGAAGACACAACCGCAGGCACCUCAGAAUGGCGAGCUUACACCCACGACGCCAACUUCGGCCACACCAACGCCGCCGGGUAGCAAAGCUCAAUUCAUCCAGCCACCACCGCCGCCAUAUCCGGGUUUGGGAGCUGCCGGCACGGCCAGCAGUGUCAGUUCACCCAUUGCCAUAGCGGGCGUCAGUGCCAAGCCAGCCAUUGUGACGGCACCCAGCCAGCUGAACCAUCCGCUGGGGCAUCCGCCGCUGCCUACGGCGACGUCGACGGGCAGCAAUAACAUUGCCAUAUCGUCACCGCUGCUGGUCAAUCUGCUGCAGAACGACGGCAAUGCCAUGUCGAAUCCGAACCAGCUUAAGUCACCGCAACAGCAGCAGCAGCAGCAAUCGCCGCUGAUUGGCUUGAGUCCCAGUGGAGCGCAGAUGAUGAACUCCCCCAUGCGGUCCUCCGGUCCGGCGACGCCCAGUGAUUUCCUCAUGGGCGAUGUGCUGAGUCCGGUGGUGCCUUCCUCACCCACAACGCCCCAGGCGGCGGCUCCUCCUUGUCCGCCGCCCGUGGUCAUGAGGAGUCUGCAGCAGCAGCAGCAGCAGGCCAUGCUCAGUCCCAGCGGAAAUGGCAAUCACUUGUAUACUCAACAGCAACAGCAGGCUCAGCAGCAGCAGCAGCAACAACAGCAGCCGCAAGGACCACCACCGCAUCGCUUUCAGCAGCAACAUCAGCAAAUGUCGCCGCAGGCUGUGGCCAUGCGACAGCAGCAACUUCAGCGCCAACAGCAGCUCCGAUUCAUGCAACCGCAGCAGCAAUUGCAAGGCCAGCAGCAACAACAGCAACAAUUUCAGCCUGCGCCUGAUUGCUUCAACAACAUGGGCAUGAGUCCAAUGCAACAGCAACAGAUAAGACAUCAAUUGAGACCUGGCGGACUGCCGCUGGCUCCUCCGCCACCUCAUCCGCAGCAGCAACAGCAGCAGCAGCAGCGACUCAUGAGCUUGUCCAUGCCACAGGCAUCACCCCAGCAGCAAUUCAUGAGCGGAGCCUCGCCCCUUGGACCCGCCCUCUCGCCCGCCUCCAGUCAUCACUCGAUGCACAGUCCGCUAAUGGCCAAUCAUCCGGCGCAACAACAGCAGCAACCGCAGAUGGUGUCGCCUGCCCCGGCGCCUGGAUCCUCGGCUCCUAGUGAACUGGCGGGGCCGAUUAUGCCAGCCACUCACCAUGUACCUGCAGCGCCGCCACCGGAUUACAAUCAGGCGGCAGCCAACUCUCGCUGGCCGUUGGCCGGAAUCAAUAAGCCGAUGGACUCGGCCACCAAGAGCAGUUUCCAGGAGUUUACGCGCUACCAGAUGCAGUACAAUCUUCAGCAGCAGCAGCAACAGGUCAAUUUGCCAGGACAGCCGCAACAGCAGCAGCAGGGACAACAGCAACAACAGUUGCCGCCUCCCGCGCUGCCGACACAGCAGCAGCAGCAGCAACAACAGCAACAGCAGGUUCAAGGUCAACAGCCACAGGUUGCGGGUCAGGCUCAAGGUCAAGUGGAUUCGCUGAUGUCGCUUUCCGUGCUGGAUGCCUUAACCACAAACGACUUGGACGCACUGCUGCCCACUUUGAACUGUGAUCUGGACUCGACGCUCAGUCUGGAAGAUAAAAACGAGCUCGAAUCGCUGCUGCAGGAUGCCAAGGAUCUGGAUUUGGAUCUGAUCGAGGACAAUCUAUCGGCAGUGGAUAUGGAUGUGAGGGAUGCGUUGAAUACGCUGCAAGAGGCGCCACUGGAACAGCAGCAACCACAGGCGGUGGUUAUGCAGCAGGCACCACAAAUUUUGCAAAUGCCCUACCAACAGCAGCAGCAACAACAGCAACAUCAGCUGCAGCAGCAACUAAUGCUGCAGCAACAGCAAAGGCAGCAGCAACAAUUGCCGCAGUUGCAACAGCGCCAGCAGCAGCAACAGGUGCAGCGACAAAUGCAACUGCAACAGCAGCAGCAACAACAACAGUUGCAGUUGGUACAACGCCAGCAACAGCAGCAGCAACAGGCACAAUUGCAAGUGCAGCAUCCGCAGCAGCAACAGAGACCGCCCCAGAAGCAAUUUAUCAUUAAUCCACACACUGGGGACAUGGAACCAAUGGCCAGCGACGAUAGCGAAACGGAGGCGGAGGAGGAAACGGCACAGCCGCAAUUCCGCAACAGCAACAUGUCCAGUGGUUUGAGCAGCUUCAAUUUCAAUCCCGCCAACGAUAUGCUUCUGCCAAACAAUAUCUUCUCUGAGGAGGACUCGAAUUCGGCGCAGCAGCAUCCGAUGGCGAUAAGCAGUGAUCAGGAAAGGUCUCGUGAUUCCCUGGCAUCCAACAAAUCGGCCUCAAGCAGAGCCAGGAAAACUCCAGUCUCGAAAGCGAAUCACAGCAAUUUGAAUGCGGGUGACAAUUCGCCUCGUUCCAGCAACAGUUCGCCUUUGAUUGGCCUAAACUCGCCCCAAUCCGUGACAGCCAGUGGAGCGCCCAGCAAGAAGGCAAAGCCGAAUCUGCUGCGCGGAAAGCUGCAGCAGGGCGUAAAGGAGCGCAAGGCCAAGGAUCCCGCGGCCACGCCGAAACCGAAGCGAGAGCGGGCGAAGGGCAAUGCCAAGACGAAGGCGGCCGAGGAGAAGAUUAAGCUGCGUCUCAAACUGGACAAGGUGGAAACGUUGCCGGCAGCGGGAGCUGGCUAUGAGGGGCAGAUAGUUGUCAAUCAACAGCAGCAACAGACCAUAGUGGUCAAUAAUCACAUGCAACAGUUGCCCAUGCAAACACAAUUGUUGACGUUGCCCACACAACAGCAGCAGCAGCAACAGCAGCCGGCUCAGUUGCAGCAACCUCAAAUGCAGUUAACCCAACAACAACAACAACAUCUGCCACAGCAACAACCAUCUCAGCUUCAGCCACAACAACAACAGCAGCAGCAGCAACCGCUUCAACAGCAACAACACCAUCCAGUCUACAGCAACUUUCAGCAACAGCAGCAGCAACAACAGGCUGUCCCUGGUCUCAAUGAGCCGCGUGUGCCUCCCCUGCAAAUCCGUUUGCGCGGCAAGAACCAUGUGGUGGUCAAGAACACGCGAAAGGAUCGAAAGAAGGGACAGAAUCAGGAGGCAACCAUUGAUGAGCGGCAGCUGAAGCGCAGCUUUAGUGAUCAGCCGCCGCAGCAGUUGCUCAUGGAUGCGGUGACGGACAACAAGCAGGUCAAGCUGACGCCACCUCCCCACGUCAAUGGAUUGCCCAUACUGAUACAGAAGACGACGCCAUCGCAAAUGUCGCAGCACCUGCAGAGCGGAGGAGCCACGACCACCACCAUUGUGGCGGGCAAGAAUGGACUGACGAUUAGUGCCAUUGUGGAGGCGCACAAGGCUCAGGCCCAAGCACAGGCCCAAUCCCUGGGUGAGCCUCAGCUGAUUGUGGGAUCCACGAACACGGGCACAACGCCCACGUCCACCACACUGCAGCAGCAGCAACUCAGCAAGAUAGCAACCUCGUUGCCCAGCAGCAUUACCCUGAGUGCCAUCAACAGCAACAACAACAACAACAAUGUGAACAGCGGGAAUAACAACAACCGGCUGUUGACGAUGAAGAAUCCGAUUAAGACUGCCGCCACCAUCACACCCAUUGUGGGUGGCAAGCCGAUGACAAAAAACCAUAAGCCGCCGCCAUACAUCACAGCCGUGCAACAGCUGCAGCUGCAGAAGCAACAACAGCAGCAGCAACAACAGCAGCAGCAACAGCAGCAGCAACAACAGCAGCAGCAACAGCAGCGACAACUGGCGGCGGCCGUAACCAUGUUGCCCAGUGCGACGACCCUGAAGCGUGUGGAGAUCACAAAGGUCCCGCCGCAGGUCACGGCAGAGCAGGCUCCUAGCAUAACCCAAUCCCCAGUAGUAGUAGCAGCAACAACAGCGGCAGUAGCAGCAGCAGCAGCAUCAACUCUAGCAACAUCGUCGACGCCCACUACGCAAACAACUCAGCUGAUCUGUGAUAGAAAGUUGCCAGUGGCCAUGCCACCCAUGACCACAGUCAACGUCAACAAUGUGAAUGUCAAUGUGGUGGCCACCAGUGUGGUGAACACCUCGUCCGCCUCCCUGCAGACCUUAUCCUCGGUGUCCACGGCCUCCUCCUCCUCAUCCUCCUCCGCAUCCAUAAUCACCACCUCUACCUCAUCGCCGGCUGCGUUGCCCAGCACCUUGCGCAACUCACCCGCCAGCAAUGGGAGUGGCACACCGGGUCACGGCAACAAUGGCGGUGGCGAGGACAGCGGCAUUGAGUCCAUGGAUGCGCUCUCCGAGAAGAGUCCCCAUCAGCUCUCCUCCAGCAGUCCCAUUCAGGUGACCAAGGCGGCGGCGGUGACGAUGGUGUCGCAGCAGCAGCAGCAACAGCAGCAGACGAGCACCAUGGCCACAACAACUGCCACGACGGUGAUGCCACCUGUGAUUGCACCCAGCUCAACGCCAGUGGGAGUCACUGCAGCUGGAGCACCACCUCCAACCGGAGCCAGUUCCCUGCAACAACAGCAAAAACAGCAGGCGGAUGACGAGAUUGAGAAAGCGCUGGCCAAGAUGGAGGGUGAGGAUCUGGAGGACAUUGUCUCGUCGAUGAUAAAAGAGACUAGUGAAUGUGCCAGUGCUGCAGAUAGUGGUGGUGGUUACCUAAACAGCCUGGAGAACUCGCUGCCAGCGGCAACUGUUGCGACAGCAACUGCAACCACGAACACAAGUAGCUUAGGAAGCGUCAAGUUGAAUGGCGAACACCAUAUACUCGAACACGAUGAUCUCAUCAAGAAACUCACAGAGAGCAAACCACCGGCGAUCAAGGUGAAGCUGGAGGAGAUGCCCCCGCUGCUCACUAUCAAAAAGGAGCCGGCGAUUAAGGCGGUAGUAAGUGCGCUUAAAGUGGAAGCCAAGGUGGAGGUCAAAGCUGAACCGAAGGCAGAGCCCAAGCUGGAGGAGAAGAUGCAGGAGAAGCCUCCGGGCGAGUCCAAUUCAGCCUCCCUGCAGCCCAUUUCCAUCGAAAUACCUGCCCAGGUGGAUGGUGAAACGCCGCGGAUUCGGACGCGGGCCAGCAGUCGCCUGGAGAGUCCGCUGGAUGCACCGAAAGCGAGUCCCGAUCCCACAGUGCUCACUGGAGCCACGGCUCCGACGGCAACGGCAACUGCAAAUACGCCCAGCACCGCCAAGAGUCUAUCCCGCGCCUCCUCCACCGCCAGUCCGCGUGUGGUCACACCCACACCCAAUCACAACAACAACAACAACAACAGCAAGCGACGGCGACAGGAAUCCGAGUGCGGCAGCAGCAAUGAUGGCGCCGAUUUGGCCGAGAACAGCAUCAAGCGUCCACGUGUGAGCAGCGGUAAUGGUAGCACUCAAUCCACCACCACCAGCAACAAUGCAACAGAAGCUGUCGUCGACCACAACUCCAGUGCAGGAUUGCCCAAAAAGAUCGAGAUCGAGUCAUCCGAUUCGGAUGAGCCGCUGAUCGAGGUGGCGGGCAAGGUGCGCAACUCUAAGCAGGCGCAAGUGGAUGCAGCAGCCGAUGCGGCAGCAGCAGCAGUUGCGGCAGUGGAGAAGCACGUGACGCGGAGGAAUGCACAGCAGAUACAACCGCCACAGAACAAAACGGCCAGCAAUCACGCUCUGUCUGCCACUCCACCACUUGGAACACCGAGGACGGGCAAGGCUCAAGCGCCAAUUGGAAAUGCCUCAGCCGUCGCCAGCAGCAAUCACAGCAGCGGCACUUCCAACAAUGCCAGUGUUGUGUCCAGCACCUCAGCGACCACCACAACAAUGCCGGGCGGAGCUUUGGUGACCACCAGCCAAACCAACAGCGGCACGAGUGUGGUGCAUGCCACACGAGGAGCCACCGCAGCGGCGGCCAGCACAACCAACAACAAUGCCACCUCAGCCAGUUCGCCCACGGACGAGAAGAUCGGCACUCGGCGGAGCGUGCGAGCCAGUGCGGCUGCCAACAAGAUCAUCUACAGCCGCAGCAAUGCAGCCGCCGCUGCUGCAGCAGCCGCCGCCGCGGCAGAGCCGAAGGGAACACCUGGCAAGGCGGCAGCAGCAGUUGGUGGCAACAGCGCCGGCAGUGUGGAAAGCGUCGCGGAAGCAAGGCGAAAGACGCGCAGUGCAGUCAUUGGCGAGUCCAUGUUGACCGAGGGACGCCGGAGAAGAACGUCGCGUGACUACAAGUGACCAGAGUUUUGCGCCUUGGCUAAAGGCUUGAACCAUCCGAUCGAUGCGCACGAAGACGAUCUGCUGGAGCUAUUCGAAGACUUUGAGCAGCAACAGCAGCAGUCGCAUCAGCCGCAGCAGCAGCAGCAGCAACAACAACAACAACAGCAGCAGCUGGAGAUCAACAAUAGCAGCAGCAGCUUUCCUUUAGCCCAGGCGCAGGACGGUGACGGUGACGAUGACGGUGACGGUGAUGGUGAUGGUGAUGAGACCGCCGAGUAUGAGCAUAUGACGCGAGCAGCCGGCGGCUACAUGGAGGAGGCCGAUCACCUGCUGUCCUACCACAGCAGCAGCAGUGCCGCGGACGUGGAUGUGGACGAGGUGCUGAUGCCGGAGUUGGCCAAUGCCACGGCCCUGGACUGCGGCAACUUUGUCGACUACGAUGAGUUCAACUUGUGCCUGAACAACAUCCUCAGCGAGGAGGACGACAGUGGCAGUGGAGGAGGUGGUGGAGGCAGCGGCGGCGGCGGCGGGAUGGCCAGCAAACAUCAGCCAACAUGGCGCGAUGCCAGCGACGUACUCAACAUCGUGCAGCUAAACAACGAUUUGGGAUUGAGUUUCCAGGAGUUCGCCAGCGAGACGACGACGGCGGAUGAACAGCGCUCCGCCAGCAGCAGUUCGCCGCAGCUGGCGUAGUGAAGUCGGAUCACGGACGGCUACUUGUAUAUAACACACGCACUGAUACCGAACGCUUUCGUUUGUAGUUCUUAGGCCUAGUUUCCGUUGAGGAUUUUUGUAUAGUUAGUGGUAGCCACAAGUUGCAAUAAUGUUGCGUCUCAAAGCGAGCAACAUCACACCCAGACACACACACACCCAGACACGCACCCCAAACCCACACACACACACACACACACACCGCAGACAGGACGGUUGCAAGCGCCGAUUUACUUCGUUUACACUUUGUUUUCUGCCCCCAAGUCCGAGUUUAUCCGCCUAUAUGCCACCGUUCUCAUCUGGCACUACUGCUAACUGCUGCUCCCCAAGUAUCCACCCAUUGGAAAUGAUUUGCUAGUCAAGUGAAACAGGCAAUUUAAUGUAUAGCUCACAAGAUGAAAUUUUGAACAAAUUAGUUGAGUACGUAUUUGAGAAGCUCCCAUUAACACUAACGUAGAAUAGUUGGCUGAAACUGAAACUGAAACAAAACAAAAAACAUCUCCCCACGCGAAAACUCUCUCACGCAUGCAUAGUUUAAUUUGAAAAAUCUUAUUUCCAUGGACCGCUUUGUAAAUAUUUAGAUUCUUUACGAUGCAACAUGAACACACACAUUUCUAGCUUUAGGUUUUCUUACUUUUACGCGCUGCGCACAGUCGAAAGUCUAUAAGAAGCUGAUCCAUUGGAUCGAGCAGAUCAGAUCAGAUCAGAGCAGACCGCACGUUAACUUUAGUUUUUAUAUAUUUUUUGUAAUCUUCAUACUUAUGAAUACAGUACAUACAGAUAUAGCGUAUUAGUUUCCGUAAGCUUGCGUUGUUUCGAAAAUUUGUUUUUUAGUUUUAAAUGCUCUAGCCUAAGGACAGUAAUCUUAACGAGAAUUCUUUACCACAAUAUAUGCACAUGGAAACCUAUGCAAUAAGUUAGUCAAAAAUGUAAAAAGGCCAAGCACCACAAAAAAUUAUAAACACAAAAACCUACAAAAAAAAAAAAUACAAAAAAAAAAACAGAUCGAAAAAACAUAUAAGGAGAAGAGAAUGGAGAAUAUUGAGAAUCAGUCGCCUAGUAUUUGUCGUUUUGCAAAGUGAGAAAGAACUAUAUAAUGUUAUAUAUUUUGCAUAUGCAAAACACACAAGAAAAAGGGAUAUCGUAAUAACAAAAACAAAC